AUGGUCCUUCGUACUUCUCGAGUGCUUUGCCACACAGAGCAAGAAAUACAUCAGUUGAUUGGGAUUGACUGUUCUGGGCUUACUCGUGCAGUCAAGCAAAGUAGCCAGGGCCUGGAGAUAUCUACUCCCUGGCGCUUUCUUGAGGGAAAUAAUAGUAGAUGGGUGACGAGCACAUCGCCGGACUCUAGUGAGGACCAACAAGAGUUUCACUACAAUAUACUUACUGGGGAGUUACGCAUAAACAACGAGCUUCCAGGUCGCCUUCCAGAAGACAUAACAAAAGCCGCAUUGUAUCGGCGGCUAUUUGGUCAGAACCCACUCGCGGUAGCCCGGUCCAGACUAAGAGGCUCAAGAUUCAAGUCAGUUCAGCUAUUCGGCAAGUACAGGAUCUAUUUCCGUUCUUACGGAGGCGAGGUUAUUGUGUUUGCAAGAGAGGAACGUCAACCCAAAAAGCCAGGUCGCAUCCUGCGGUACAUACCACACGAGUCUUUGCAGGGAGACUUCCCAGACUCGCUGGUAACUUGUUAUACACAUUGGUUGGAUAUCAAGGAUGGAAAACUCGAAUUUCGUCCACUUGAGAACCCAUGGCAGGAAAACGACAGCAACUGGAGCAUGGGAUACCAUGAAUAUGGCAGUGCUUUCUCAAGUACCAGACAGGGUCAUCGAAAGUUGGCCGAUGUUCAUGGCGAGUUCUUCGGCCGUGUUGCAAGUGUUUUGGGCAAACUGGACAUUGCCAGACACAUCACCGUUACGAAAAGUCUAGACGGUACAAUCGAGGCCAAGUUGGACCGCCUGAGUCUCACUUUCUUCGUCAAUCAGGACGGAGCACUGGAAUGUCGCGAGCAUAAUUCUAUCGUUGACUCAAGCCAGGAUAUCGGGUGUCUUUAUGGCUUGUUCAACAAACUUGUUCUACGCGACAAAACGGGGCACUCCCGUACAGUGCUGAUUCCUUACGGAACGAUCAGAGUCGGCAGAGGUACUUCACAUACCGAGGUUUUUGUAGACUCUCCUAACGCCUCGAGAGUCAAAUACUACCAAUACUCAGUGGACGUAAACCUAGGGGCACUCCUGGAUACUUCCGGAACGACAGGCUCCCUCUACCUAGCAUACUUGCAUGCUGUCACUUCUUUUGUGCUCCCAGACCCCAUGACCAAUCGUUCAGGCACCGAAGAAGCUCUGCAUAUGUUACGGCAAGCGAAGAUGAAGACGUCGUCUUCUUUGGGCAGUGAUUGUGUCAACCUCUUGGGGCUCAUAGCGUCUCUAACGCCUCACCGGCAAUGCUAUCCGCCAAUAAAUGCCGAACAAAAAGUCACGUCGGUGCAAAAAGUGAAGUGGAUUCAGAAUCUGAGCUCAGUCGCACAACAUGAUGACUUCCGAUGGUUAGCCCAGGAGAUUUACAGUCAUGCUGGCAAAUUUGCUCCAUUCCACGGUCGAAAGAUGGAGCCAUGCCCAGGGCUUUCCCGCGGAGAUAUUCGACUACUUGAGAAAGCGAGAAAUCGAAACAUGCAUUUCUAUAGAUCUGGAUUUGGAGGAGCAUCUGCUAACCAGUAUGUGCCACCUCCGGAGUACAAGGCGCGAGACAGGAGCGAAACCGAAAGUGCUCGAAGUCGUCGAGUAUACGAAAUUGCGAGAUUGGCCCAAGGUUGGCCUGCCACUCUGAGCCACAAAGACGACCUGAUAGCUACGAUCAAAGCUUGGGGCGUGAUGGAACUCGAGGACCGUUCGCCAGGCCAGUCUACGUAUACGUCACUCUUGGAAAAGCCGAUACAAGCAUUAUGGGCCACCUUAUACGGGCAGUGUCAGUCAUGCAAUGGAGAAACUGACAAACACAAAUUAAUGUCUAUCUUCUGCACAAUUGCCUUUGGACACCCGGAGGUUGACUAUCUUCAUUCAUUGCUGGCGAUUGCGGUUUGGGGAGGGUUUCCGCCUAUUCCUGAAGAUCUAAAGGGGCAGUCGGUGGACUUGACGUUGAAACCAGGGCAAGCAAUCAAUGAUUCACAGGCGGAGGAGAUUAGAGACAUUAUCUCUACCCAUUAUCCACCACUUGAGCGCAUGUCCCAUAAAGGCAAGAACCUGUCACGAAAUGAGAAAGGGAAGAUAUCCCGUGAGCGGCGCAAAGACUACGAGAGGAAAAAGGCCUCGGAUGUAGAAGACCUUGAACGAGUGAUUAGCAUACAGUGGCCUUGUGGAGCACUCAGAAAGCCUCCUGGGUUGGAGCCAUGGAAGUCAGACUGUUUUGAUGAUUGCGACGAUCUCUUCAGACGCUGGAGCCAGAACGUUCAAUUCCGUCUGUUUAUUCAGGCUGUCCAGGACAGACUCGAUACAAUCAAUAUUAUACCACGCGUGCUAGAACAACCACCCCCACUCCCGCCUCGCAACCUGAUAUAUCCUCGCACUGUUCCUUGGCAUUUGCCGGACCUUCACGAUUUGAUGCUUCUGGCCAAUGCUCCCUCGCCUAUGGACACAGACCAAAGGCUUAUGGGAUUCAAGAGGUCGCAACGGCCAGCUGAUGUUAGCGCUGACCUGAACGAUGGCUUGCAGGCUUUGAUUGAUAGCCUCCGGAAGGGCUCUAAACCACUGCGUCAAGAGUACGCGAACGAUCUCUCGGAAAGCCUGCGCUCCCUAAAAAACGUGCAUCUACCUUGCGCACCCACCAGAAUUUCCGCUGAUAGGGCAGCCCUGGUGAAUCUUCGAAAUCGUCUUUCAGAUCAGCGAGAUAGCCUCUGGGCGGAAAUAAACAACUCGAUAUCACCAGUGGAGGGAUGGGCAGAGGUAGGCCAGACUCUCUGGCCGUCUAUCACGAUACUAUCCAUUCUCUCGUUCCUAGCGUCUGAUAAAUGGAGCCUAGUCCCGGCACCGUGGAAGAAACCUCUCCUGAUACUGGCAAAGCUCAUAGCUCUCUUACGCCAAUCCGAGCGACUUAUCAUGCAUUUCGACAAUGAAGACUCCAGCAGCUUCUACAAAGAAGCAGAAGCAGUGGAGUGUGAAGGCUGGGACCCAGCUCAGAUUCCUGAAUGGCUGCUUUUGGAAAUCGAGGGCAACCUGACAAUCCGUGCACGUCAAGCGGAUGUUGCCCGGAGGAUGGUCGAAGGACAAGAGAAUUCCGUCCUACAGUUGACUAUGGGAGAAGGCAAAACAACUGUGAUUACCCCAAUGGUAGCUCUACGCCUAUCCAACGGCUCACAAAUAUCACGGCUUAUAGUGCUGAAGCCCCUUCUCCGGCAAAGUAUGAAUCUUCUUUCACAGCGAUUGGGUGGACUCCUGAACCGGCCAGUGUAUCAUAUCCCAUUUUCGCGAAAUACACGAAUCUCUGAAACCACGACAGAGGCUCUACGUCAAAUAUAUGACGAAUGUCUGGAAAAGCGGGGAAUCCUUAUUGUUCUUCCAGAGCAACUGCUCUCUUUCCGACUUGUCGGCCUGGACUACGCGAAGAAGGAUUCUACAAUAGCCCACUCCCUUGUUGAGCUAGAGCUCCUACUACAGGAGCGCUGUCGCACUGUUAUUGAUGAAAGUGACGAGGUCUUGGAUCCCAAAUUUCAACUCGUCUACACACGAGGGCAUCAGCAAAAUCUAGAUGGGGAGGCUGAUCGUUGGGGGGUCAUUAUGUAUGUCCUGGAAGAAGUCAAGAAGCAAGCAAUGCUAUUGCACUUGCAUUCCCUCGGGAAAAAAAGCGGCCUGAGUGUUGAUCAGCAGGGUGCACGGUAUCCCUUUAUACAUUUCUUUGCCACCUACGCAGCGGAUAUUCUACUUGAAAAGGUUCUUGAAGCUAUAGAGAAUGGCGCAGUUCCUGGUCUUUCCUUUCAAGACUCUGCAUUACCGAUUCAGGUCAGCACCAUGAACUUCAUACGUUACAAAAAGAUCACAGAACAUGACAAGGAGACUGUUCGCCGAAGGUUUGAGGGUAGCCUGGUCCUAAAAAGGCUUCUUGUUCUAAGGGGACUAUUUGCUUAUAAUAUUCUGCACUUCGCGUUAACUGGGAAGCGCUGGCUCGUGGACUAUGGCAUUCAUCCGACACGGUCCUUGCUCGCCGUACCGUUUAGGGCUAAGGGUGUUCCAAGCGAUAGCGCCAUGUUUGGUCAUUCUGAAGUCACCUUGGUAUUGACCUGCUUGAGCUACUACUAUGAGGGACUCAAGAUGAGCCAAGUACGACAAUGCGUCUCACUGCUCAAAGAAGAGGAUGACCCUGAAGCUGAGUAUGAGCGCUGGAUUAUGCAGUGCCGCGAUGAGCUCCCUCGAGGCUUACACUCGUUUUCUGGCGUCAAUGUCGAUGACACGCCUAGCUUUGAGCAGGAGCUCUAUCCGCAUCUACGAUACCAAAAGGGUCUUAUUGACUUCUUUCUUUCCCGCGUGGUCUUUCCCCGUGAUGCAAAGGAAUAUCCGUUCAAGCUUUCGACUUCCGCAUGGGACAUCCCAUCAAGGCCGAACUACCCUCUCACAACUGGUUUUAGUGGAACCAAUGACAACCGAUACCUUCUUCCCCGCUCUAUGCCCCAGAAGGACCUUCCUGAUCUCUUGCAUACCAACGCCAUGGUUCUAGCUCGGCUGCUGCUCAGGGAAAACCAGCAAUGCAUUCUUGCUCAGGACGAUAGCGGAGACAAACUUUCGGACAAUGACCUCCUGCUUCAUAUCAACGAUCAAAAUCCCCGUAUUCGAGUCAUUAUUGAUGUUGGGGCUCAGAUUUUGGAGUUAAGCAACAGACAAGUUGCAAUCAAGUGGCUCAGCGUAUCCUCAGCUGACCUGGCGGCUGCAGUGUUUUUUGAUGAAGAGGAUGAGCCUAUCGUAAUUGACCGGGAUGGCCGCAUGGAGCGACUCCUCGCAUCACCUUUCAGCCAGCAGAUGCAUCGCUGCCUCGUAUUUCUUGAUCAGCACCAUUCGAGAGGAGUUGAUCUCAAGCUGCCCCAUGAGUACCGCGCAGCAAUUACGCUUGGUCCUCGGUUGACCAAAGAUAGGCUUGUUCAAGCUUGUCAUCGAAUGAGAGAGCUCGGAAAUGGCCAAUCAGUGGCCUUUUUCAUGCCUCCAGAAGUCAAGCACAGCCUAAAGGACUUGAGGUCAACAUAUACCUCGUUUGACGUCCUUCAAUGGGUUCUCGAGCAGACUUGCGACCAGUUGGAGAGACUUGAGCCACUCUGGGCCGCGCAGGGGCUGAACCAUUUCCGGGUGAUGCAGAUUUGGGAAUCUCUAGAUCUUGAAGAAGGGAACCUGGUAGACAAAGUGGACGAGAUUCAGGAGCGAGAGUCCAAGUCCCUUCGUCAACUUUACUUUCCGUGGAGUGAAGGCCUGGAAGCGCUCAACGGAAUCCAGGAACUGGCCCAGACCAGUUCAACGGUUGCUGAACUUCAUGACAUCUUGAAGCGUUCUGAGUCCGGCGACAAUCAGCUCCACGAGGAGCAAGAACAAGAACGAGAACGUGAAUGUGAAGUGAUGCAUCAGGUGCAGCGAGAGCCGCAUGUCUGCCUUCCUCCACCUGUGCAACCUAUGAAGCAUACACCGUCCGGGGAUAUCGAGUACUUUGUAAAGCACGCCUGCUUCCCUGGCUAUCUUUCCAAUGACUCUCACAUAGCAAUCGAGUGCUUUGCUACCACGUCUGCUGAGCAAUUUGAGAUACCUGGUUCUAUUCUCAACGGCAUCUUUGUUACAACCGACUUCAUCGAGACUAUAACCCAAACCGUGCACACCAACGAUGAAUUCUUGAAACCCGUCCAUUGGGUUCUAUCCAAUAUCCGCAACUCGAGCCUUUUGAUCAUCAGUCAGUUUGAGGCGAACGAGCUGUUAACAAAAAUUCGGGAAUCCGAAAAGACAACGCUCCAUAUCUACGCGCCACGCAUAACAAAGGACAUGCGGUCCUUCAGCAAACUUGACUUCUUGUCAAUCGGUGCCCCAAGAGAAGGACACGAGUUCUCCCCGGAAAUCCUUCGAGCUCUCGAGGUCUUCUCCGGAAGUCUGUACUUCGACACUUACGAGGAGUACGAAAGCGCUCAACAGUUUUUCGGCUUUCGGACCGCAAGCACCCCAAUCGUUCCCGAGGGCGAUGUCACAAGCGAGGGCUUCGUCGCCGAACGUGCCCGUAACCAGGUCGCAUGGCCUGUUACCUCCCCGUUCAAGGAGUGCCCUCUUGCGUUUCUGAAUACGUGGUUUAGCAUUAGGACGAAAGGGCAUGGGUUUUCAAAGUCCCAUAUGGGGUCGAUUAUUGAGGCGAAGCCGUUGACGAGGGAGCAGUUUGAAGGCUUUUGAGUCCUAUUUGAUGGCAUCUAUCUCAUCUGUUCUGAUCUGUUCUGGACAUUUUGAGUUUUCUUUGAUGUAUUUCUGCUUCUUUGCUGCUUUCUGCUCUGUAGUUACUUGGUAUAGA